AUGUCUUUAACGGAUUGGUCUCUUCUUUCAUUACUUUCAUCAUCAAUUGAACAAUGUAAAUCGAUUGAAUUGAUGCCAUUAACAUCAACUGAACAGUAUAUUGUGUAUUGUCAUUGUGAAGAAAAUAUUUAUUUAUGUUUAAAUCUAUUUGAAAUAAAAUCUAUUGUUAAUUUAUGUUACGCAUUUAUUUUUUCAAAAGAUUAUCAAGAAUAUAAUCAAUUAAAUAUUUCAACACGUGUUUUACUUUCUUAUGUAACUGAAUGUUUAACGAGUUGGAAUAUACGUCGACGUUUAGUUUUAUCUGGUAUAAUAAAUAUUCAAGAAGAACUUCAAUUUUUAGAUAUUCUUCUUAAUUUAAAACCUAAAAGUGAACAAUUAUUUCGCUAUAGACGUUGGAUAUUAAAACAAGAGAAUAUUUCUAAAAUAUUAAUUAGUAAAGAAUUAGAAAUAUGUGAUCGAACAGCUGAAAAACAUUUUAUUAAUUAUGCAUCAUGGUUAUAUCGAAGAUGGAUUAUUGAAUAUUUCAAUAUAAAUAUUGAUGAAGAAUUAGAACGAAAUCGUUUAUGGUUAGAAAAGAAUUUAUCAGAUUCAAGUGCUUUUUCAUUUCGUGCUUAUCUUUUAUCGAAAAAAGAUUUAAAUGAAAUUAUAAUUGAACAUGAAUUAAAAUUUAAUGAAAAUAUGUUAAAAUUUUAUUAUGAUAGAGAAUCAUUAUGGAUCUAUAGACAAACAUUAAUAUUUUUAGCAAUAAAAUUUUUAUCAAUAGAUGAAAAACAAUUAUUAAAUAAAGAAUUAGAUUUAGUAAAACUAUUUGAAGAAAAUUUUUUUUCAAAUAGAUAUUCUAGAUUGUUAAAUAUACUUUUAUCUAGUGAUGGAAAACAAUUUCGAAAUUAA